AUGGCGGCGGGGCGAGGGGAGUUUUUUCGGAGUUUCUUGGCGGGCUUGGAGAAGAAACCCGGUCAGCCGGCGCCAGGAGUAGGACAGCUGGGUCGUGGCAGAGGCUCGCCGGGUGAAGGACAGACGGGCGGAAGGAGGAGGAAGGCGGCUCUGAGCUCUGUUAGCGGGAAUGACCUCAGCUGCCCAGAGCCAAGAACUGAGAGAAGGAAGGAUUUUCUCAAAAUAAAUAAUUCUUCAUCCCAGGAAAACUUUAUGGAGAGGCUGCCGUCUGAGAUCCUGAUCAAGAUUUUGUCGUUCCUGGACGCCUCCUCGCUGUUCUGCAUCAGCCACGUCAGCAAGCUCUUCCACAAGCUUGCCAACGAUGAUGUCACAUGGUACGAGAUUUACAUGUCAGAGUUUGGGAGACAAACGUGGAAGCCGAAGUUGGCGGAUGAUACGGCGCCGAGGGUCGACCCGGUGGAGGUGGAGGAUCAGUCGAGGGGCCACUGGAAGAGGCUGUACCUCAGGACCAUGGUUGGACAACAAAUGAGCAGGUGGAAGAGAGAGCUGAGAGAAAUCAGCCCUCACACUGGGCUGCCCAGGCAGACAGAGUGGGUCCUCAGGAACCUGAAUGUGAGCUGGGAGCUGACGGUGUGUAACUGUCGGGGACGGGAGAACACGCUGGAGCAGAGCCGAGUCUACUUCUUCGAGUCCUCCGUGAUCGUCCGCUGGAGCGGAGGCAGGUUCCCCAAAUACCAUCAUAUCCGCUACGUCCAGCUGCACGGAGUCCGGAAGUACCCCAACGUCAGGAAGCCUGACUGGCGCUCUCUGAUUUUAAAUCUGGACAUUAAGAGACAUCGUGGUCGGUUAAUCGGCAAAGACAGACUGAUCAAACUGAUGCAUCUGGUGCCCGGCUUCACCGUCGGCAUCUGGAGGGUAAGCCAAAAUGUUGCCUUCAUCAUGGUCAGCCUGCACUUUCACAGGUUGGUGGAGAGGAGUCUGCUGGGAUCUCCAGUCAGCCCGUACUCUGAGCCGGUGCACCUUCCGCCUGUGGAUAACUUGGACCCUGAGUUUGGUCUGCACGGCUACACUCUGCACUUUGUCCUGCACAACACCAGCACUGAGAUCAUGUCAGGACACUUCUGCCAGCUCUCCUGUCGCAGAGUUCAGAUCCAGUGUGGACUGUUGGAGUUCAGGGUCAUCAGCAGGACCGACUUGUCCCAGCACAGAUCGCUGUCUGGAAACAUCACGCUGCCCUGGCAGAGCGAGACACUGGAGGGCUCAGUGGAGAACUGCUGCAUCAUAACGCUGACUCUGCUGGACGAGUUCCACAAACCCUUCUGGUGCGUCAGCUCGCCCGUUUGCACCCAAAAGACGAAGAAUGCGCCGUCCGGCGACUACAGCGGCGAAUGUUUUCUGAUGCAGCACCGGAGCUCGGAGGGGAAGGUGCAGAUGAACCUGGUCUGGUUGAAGGAGCAGAAGCAGUUUUUCCUCGUCAGCCUCACCGUCUACGUUCCUGUUUACAAAGUCAACAGGCAUUUCAGCACAGAGUACUGA